UCCUUGUUUGUUGACAAUUGGAGUCAUGGGUAAUUCCAUCUGCUUGUAUUGUUGAUCUCUUGGGAUGUCUGUUUUUAUUUGGGAGGGUAUGUUGUUAUUUAGAUUUUGGCAACUAUUGUUGAUUUCUAAGAUCUAGAAAACAAUCUUUUUCAAAAACUAUCUUUUGUAAAUAUAUAGCUAUAGGUUGGCAAGACAAUGACUUCAGAGUAAAGUGGCUGCAAGAGCCAACUCUCCUUUAUGAGGCCUUCUCUCCUGUGCAGCUGCUGCAGCUCUCCUUUUCUCUACUGGACCCACUGAGUUUUCAGUGUGUUUCUUACAGUCCAGGCUGCUGGAGCGUCACCAGACUUCCAUCCUGUGUCUGCUGACCGUCCCUGUGCUUAAGAGCUAAGGCUCCUCUCUGGAGCUCUCAGCUUCACCCUUUUCAUGGUAACUUAUAUGGAAAUGUUGUGUCAGGGGAAGAUACGUCCAGUCCUUGGUUCACUGACUCUUUCUUUAGGUGCAUGUAUACAGUCUGCAGUUGUACUGUGACUAAGACACUUAGUAUGGCAAAAGGAAACAAAAGCAAAAUUAACAGGGGGAAAAGCGAAUGGAUCCAAAUCUAGGCGAAGCAGGCACCGGCAUCGUAGAGGCUGCUCCUAGUGUCAUCCUAAGACAGGCCUGAGUUCUCUUUCAGGGAGCUGUGAUAACACAUGUGAAAUCUCAUCUCAGGGGAUUCCAUUAGCGACUCUGCAUGAGGGAUUGUUUUCAAUUUUAGAAGAAGGAUCUUUUCUUGUUCCUAUAUGUACCCUGCCAGGUAUAUAUCUGUACAUUUCAGACUCAGAAGAAAAGGAGAUGUUCAGUAUAAACCAUUUUGGUUGUGGAAGUAGCUGAGGCACAACUGCUACUGUGACCUGUUAGGGUGGGAACCAUUCCUGAAAUUUAAGUCCACAGAAACCAUCGAAGGGACAGGACAGCCCUCCCAAGUCACAUGUUAGUCUGUUCAGCUUUUAUUCUGAGUCCCACACAUCCACACAGUCAGCUCACAAGGAAGAAUGCCAUACGCAUAUCACAUAAGCAACACCUCCUUAGUAAAAGCCUUGAAAGAAUUAAUUGUGAGGAAAAUAAAACAAAAUUCAUUUUCUUUAACAUCUUCAGAAAAUUAUGUUCAAUAAAGUAAUAUAACAAACCCUUCUCAAUCCUAAUCUUAAGAUCUUUAAUAUUUUUAAAGCAUUUCAUUGUUGUUUUGUAUUGAGAAGAAGACUCCCCUUGUGGCCUUGGCUGGCAUGGAAUGGAUUCUGUAAACCAGGCAAGCUGGCCUCAAACUCAUGAAAGACAUCUUGCUUCAGCCUCCCAAGUGCUAGCAUUACAGGUGUGACACCACACCAAGCUUUUUUGAGCACUGUAAAUUGAGGUAACAGAAUGGCAAUAUGCCUAAGAAAGUUGUCAAGGUAAAACCUCGCCCACCUAUAGCUCCUCGUCCGACCAGCACUUCUACAGCAGCAGCCCGGCACAGAUUGCUAAGAGUCCUCCCUCAUAUUGGGCAGUCUUGUUUACCUUCUGGGAAUGCAUAUCUCCCUGAAACAGCCAGGAACGCAGGCCCAAGUCCUGCAGCUCAGACCCCUGCCGAUAGACCAGUGUCGUCUCUCAGGAAUGAGCUGCUGAAGGAUGGUGACAAUUGGGAGAUUAACAUGCUGUCUCACUCCACGAGUAGUAUCAGACUGCUUCCUCAAUUGACCCAUAUAGAACUGGAAAGUGACAAAGAGCUUGCAGAUUCUGUUCUUCAUCUCGGAUCAUCCCUGCCUAGGCGGACCAAGCACCUUUCAGGAAACUUGUCAUCUAAUAACGAGGAUGAUGUUGUCUUAUUUCCACGGUCAGAAGAGUGUGUAGCUGACGAGUUGCUCCUGCCAGAAGUAGGUGCUUUUGCUCCAUUUGCAGAAGGAAAUGGUGCCGAGCAGAGCAGUGGUAUAGAAGGGUUAGGGAAGGUAACACCAGAGUUCCCACUCACUAAAGGUGAUGGAGGACUGAGGGCAGCGGAGCAGCCUCUGAGCCACGUGGCAAGAGUGCUGAGCAGUGACCCAGGAGACCAUGGAGUUCUUAACCACCGAGAGCCCAGCUCUCACAAGAAUAGACUCCUGUCACCUCUUCUCUGUGCUGCACCAGUGUCACUACAUAAUUCUCUGGUGAAGCCACAGAGACAGUCAAAAUGUUUUGAGUCAGGCAACCCCUCAGCGUCUACUUCACAAAACACCCUGCGGGAAUUGGACAUUCGAACCAUAGCAGAUUCUUCUCUCUCUAGGACUGCUCGCUUCCGUGGUGUUAAAGUCGAUUCGCCAGGAAAAAGAUCUGAUGUUAUUUCUAAAGUGGAAGCCCGAGAUAUUACAGAAAUGGCUAACAAAGCUUCCAAAGAGCCUGUUGGUUGUGUAAACAAUAAUGGCUUUUUGGCUUCACUGGCAAGGAGUACAAGCAGAGACAGUUUGCAGAGCACACGUGGGGCAGGCAGGCUUCGGUCCUCUGGAAUUGGGUUGUCUACAAACUUCCAGCAUUUUCAGGAUGAAAACAUUAGGAAAAGUUCUCCCCAGUCAGAACCUACAGAUUUUUUUCUAUCUGCCCGUGGUAUUGGAAUGAGUGGAAGUAAUGCAGGAUCGGGGAAGAGAACAGGAGAAAGCACCCACCACCUUCCACCUGUGAAAGCCCCUCUUCAAACAAAGAAGAAAAUAACGAAACAUUGUUUUCUUUGUGGAAAGAAAACCGGACUAGCCACUAGCUUUGAAUGCAGAUGUGGAAACAACUUCUGUGCAUCUCAUCGCUAUGCAGAAGCUCAUGGCUGCACUUACGACUACAAAAGUGCAGGGAGGAGAUACUUGCAGGAGGCAAACCCUGUGGUCAACGCACCAAAACUCCCCAAAAUCUAAUUCUUCUCUGCGCUUUACUGCUUUGCCCGAGGAAUCGAUUAUAUUGACAGAGAAAUAUUGUUUAGACUGCAUUAUUUUUGUUCGACUCCAAAAGAUUUGCCAAAUAACAAGCACACAUAGUGUGCACUGUUGGAGACUGAAAAUGCCUACUGUAUUGAUGUCUUUAUUCUUUGGUGAAUCAAAAGUUUUAAAAGUAGUUUUAAAAACUUGACACUAUAAUGAUUUAGUUUUGUUAUUACAUGUCUGUGUUAAGUGUUUUAGAUUGGAAUUAUUUAUUAGACGAAUCUUCAGAAGAUGCACUUUCGUGUGGCCACGUAGCUAGGCUUCCAUGUUGUACAGCAGUGAGUGGUUCUGUAUGGCUCUGUUCAAACUGAGCACACUUUGCCCUUUUUUCUUUCUUUUCUUGUGGGGAUGGGAUAAAUGGGAUUUUUUUUUUUAAAAAAAAUAAAUCCUGCAUGUGAAAGUUUAUGAGGUUUAAUAGCAAGUCCUUUUUAAAAGAACAUUUGUUUUUUAAAAACAUGUGAUUUUUAAACAUAUAUAUUUCUUCCAUAUUCAGACUGGCAUUCAUAUGUAUCCAUUCUGUAGAACACAUCAUGUUAAUAUAGUAUACAUUUUUUAAAAUACUACUUUUUAAAUGGUAGUUUUAAAAUAACAGUGUCUUGUUGCCAUUGAAAAAAGAAUCCAACUUUUUACUUUUCAAAAAUGGCUAUAUAUAUUUUUAAAAGUCUCACAAACUUGGUUUAUCUUUCUUACACAUUGAGUGCUUUUACAGGGGAAAUUCAAAUAAAUAUUAAACUUCA